CCAGGGUAUGCAUCACAGACAUCGUGGCUCAUGCAAAACGUGCAUGACAAGUGUCAGAAUCUUCCAGACCCAGACGAAUGAGCAGUUGAUAGCACUACAGAGGAGAAACCGCUUUUGUUUCGCACCGUCGAUCAUCCUAUUCAUUGCAAAAGUGUCUGGGUCUGGAAGAAUACAAACUUGUGAUGCGCAUUUCAGAACACAGAAAAAUCUCUCAUGCAUAGGUAGCAAAAGCUGCCCACUUUCUGUCACCAAAAUGAGGGACUUGUCACGCGGAUUCGGCAUGGCGGAAGUUUCUCGAAACCUGUGA